GAGGCGCUUGGGGCUCGCUCCUGCUCCUCCCCUCUCCUUGCGGCCUCCCGGAGGUCGGCCCAGCUCCUGUGGCAUCCCGUGAAAUGUGGAUGACGCCCAAGAGGAGCAAAAUGGAAAUCGACGAGUCUCGGGGGUUCCGGGCCGAGUGGACCCAGCGGUACCUAGUGGUGGAGCCUCCGGAGGGCGAGGGCGCCCUGUGCCUGGUGUGUCGCCGCCUGGUCGUAGCCACCGGCGAACCCGACGUCAGGCACCACUACGAGGCCGAGCACGACUAUUACGAGCGGUAUGUGGCGGAGGGCGAGCGCGCGGCCCUGGUGGAGCGUCUGCGUCAGGGCGACUUGCCCGAGGCCGCCCCGCUCACUCCGGAGGAGAGAGCUGCUCGUGCAGGUCUCGGGCUCGCCCGCCUCUUGGCCUUGAAGGGUUGCGGCUGGGGCGAGGGGGACUUUGUACACCGGUGCAUGGAGGUGAUGCUGAGAGAUGUGCUGCCCGAUCACGUAAGCGUUCUGAAUGGCAUUGAUUUAUCUCCGGAGAUCACGCGGCAGAGGGUCCUGGACAUUAACCAAAAUCUACGCAGUCAGCUUUUUAACCGAGCCAAGGACUUUAAAGCCUAUUCCCUUGCCUUGGACGACCAGGCUUUUGUGGCCUAUGAGAACUACCUCCUGGUCUUUGUCCGCGGCGUAGGCCACGAUUUGGAGGUGCAAGAAGAGCUUCUGACCAUAAUCAACCUGACUCAUCACUUCAGUGUUGGUGCCCUCAUGGCGGCAAUCCUUGAGGCCCUGCAGACGGCAGGGCUUAGCCUGCAGCGGAUGGUUGGACUGACCACGACCCACACUCUGAGGAUGAUUGGUGAGAACUCAGGACUGGUGUCAUACAUGAGAGAAAAGGCUGUAAGCCCCAACUGUUGGAAUGUGAUCCAUUAUUCAGGAUUUCUUCACUUGGAACUGUUGAGCUCCUACGAUGUAGAUGUUAAUCAAAUCGUAAAUGCCAUAUCUGAAUGGAUAGUUUUGAUUAAGACCAGAGGCGUUAGGCGGCCGGAAUUUCAGGCUUUACUAACUGAAUCUGAAUCAGAGCACGGUGAAAGGGUUAAUGGACGCUGUCUGAACAAUUGGCUUAGAAAAGGGAAGACUUUAAAACUAAUAUUUUCCUUAAGAAAAGAGAUAAAAACAUUCUUGGUUUCGAUAGGGGCAACAACGGUCCAUUUCACAGACAAGGAAUGGCUUUGUGACUUUGGCUUCUUGGUGGAUAUUAUGGACUACCUUCGAGAACUCAGCGAACUAUUGAGAGUGAGUAAAGUCUUUGCUGCUGCUGCCUUUGACCAUAUUUGUGCCUUUGAAGUGAAGCUGAAUUUACUUCAGAGACAUAUCGAGGAAAAAAAUCUAACACACUUUGUCGCCUUGAGCCAGGUUGUUGAUGAGCUUAAAGGGCAUCUUCAAGAAGACGAAAAAAUACUCGAUCCUGAUAGGUAUCGAGUGGUGAUCUGUCGCCUACAAAAAGAGUUUGAGAGACAUUUCAAGGACCUCAAGUUCAUUAAAAAGGACUUAGAGCUUUUUGCAAAUCCAUUUAGCUUUAAACCUGAAUAUGCACCUAUUUCAGUAAGGGUGGAGCUAACAAAACUUCAGGCAAAUACUAACCUUUGGAACGAAUACAGAAGCAAAGACUUAGGGCAGUUCUAUGCCGGAUUGUCUGCUGAAUCUUACCCGAUUAUCAAAGGGGUUGCCUGUAAGGUGGCAUCCUUGUUUGAUAGUAGCAAAAUCUGUGAAAAGGCUUUUUCAUAUUUGACUCGAAACCAACACACUUUGAGCCAGCCAUUGACAGACGAACACCUCCAUGCCCUGUUUCGGAUUGCCACCACUGAAAUAGAGCCGCUUUGGGAUGAUCUUGUGAGAGGAAGAAAUGAAUCAAAUCCAUAAACUUUUGUAGUACACCAUUGAAACACUCAGCAAGAAUCCAAUUCUAAAAGCAAACAUCUGUUUGAUUUUCAAGUUUACUAAUUUGGAUUGUGGGAAAGCACCACAUUAUUCAUCCAAAUUAAUCACAAUUCAAAUUCUUCAGACAUAUUUUUUUUUCCAUCUCAAGAGGCAGCAUGGGACUGAAACAUGCAGACCUUUUUUUAAAACUUAAUUUGAUGGCAAAGUCAUUAUCUUUUGCUUUUAUGAUAUAACUGUUUUUAAAGACAUUUAGUACUAAUAAUGUGAGUUGAAUUAGAAGUCUGUUUUUAAGGUGUUUCGAAGAAACUUUAGCUCUUAUUUUAACAAAGUGUUAAAAUUUUGAUGCAUAUAGUCUGAAAUUAUCAACUGCUUAAAUAUAUGUUUGAGCCAAUUUGCAGAAACUCACAUAGCAAGUGCAGAAUUUUCUGAAAAGGAGGAACGUACAUACAGUGGAGGUAUUUUGUCGAACUAUCAGAAUGUUUGAGACUAUUUUUUUUAGACAUAUUUCUGAGUCAAAGUAAAUAUUGACAUAUUUCCUCCCUCUCACCUCCCUCCCACCCGCCCUAGCGAUAAUGAUAUUACUAAUACAGAAAAUAAGCACGUAAAAUUUUAGUCAGAGGAGCAAGAAUUUUUUUUAAAUUGCUAGUUUAGGAGGCUUCCUGCAGUCUGGAGAUCAGACUAACCAAUUUUUGGAGGUUUCCCCUGAAUUUUUCACAAUUGGGUGCUGUUUUAUGAGCUUGCCUACUAAAGGACUACGGUAAGUAUAGACUCUUAGGGGUUGCCCACUAGUAAUUCUUUUUUCUACUCUAGACAGUUUGGCCCUGUCAAAAAAGGAUGAGGAAAAAAAGAUGUUUGCAUCCCAGGAUCAGGAGGUGUGAGAUAUUUUAGCUAAUUUGUCCUAUCUGCAUGAGUGUUGCAGCUUUAUAAAGAAAUCCUGCUUAAAGGAAACCCUUUAUUUUAAAGUGAUAUAAUAUCAAAUGCUGUUUGUUGCUGGAAAUGGAUUUAUUAUAACUUUGACACUAUCCCACACAUUGUGUAUUUAAGACAGUGCACAAGUGGAAAUAUUUAACUCUCAAGAAGCAGCUUUAUUUACAGAU